GAUUGGCGGGUGGGUCACGCUGCUCGCAGGGGUUUUCCGGAGUUGUUUGCACUGCGUGGAGCACGAGUGAGAAUGGCUGGGACGAAUCGGCCCGUGCGCGAGUUGCUGGGCCCUUUGCUCCCGUUCAAGGACGAGGAGGAGGAGGAGCAGGAUGACUGUGGCAAGGAGGACGUGCAGGAGGAUGAUGAAGACUCCGUGUUUUUGGACGCCGAGGAGCUCUGCAGCGGGGGCGUCAAGGCUGGCAGCCUCCCCGGACGCCUCCGUGUUUCUAUUCCUGAUGAAAAUACUCACGAGAAUUGUAACGUGUAUGGACGUUUUCCAGUCAUAGGCCCUUGGUGGCGUGUGAAGGUCAAGGUUGUAAAGCCUGUGGGAUCCAAGAGCUAUCAGGUUCAAGGAUUUCCUUCAUACUUUUUACAGUCUGAUAUGUCGCCACCAAAUCAGAAAAACAUCUGUUCCCUCUUUCUUAAAGACUGUGGGGUUGCCUUUGAGACCAUAGAUAAGUUUCUAGCAUGGGUAAAAAAAGUGUCAAGCUAUGAUGACCUAAACUUUGAAAAUCUUAGGGAAAAAUUACGAACUUUCUCCAGAGAAAAUGAAAAGAAAAAUCAAAAGCGAUCUUCACAGAAUGAACAAGAACAGGAGUCACUGGAUGGGGAGCAACGUCUUCCUCUAGAAAACACAGUUCCAUUUAUACAUGUAAUGACAGGUUUGCAGUUUCCCAAAAUAAUGGAAUUCCUUCCAGUUCUUCUUCCCCGACACUUUAGACAGCUUAUUCACUCAAGUUCAAAGACUGUGUUGGAAGAUAUAGAAGAGAUUUUAAGUACACAUCCGUGGAAGUUGGGAUUUAGUAAAAUAACCUACAGAGACUUGAAGCUUUUGCGCUGCGAGGCAAGUUGGACGGCAUUCAGUCAGUGCCCGCCUCUUCUAGAACUGAUGACAGAGCUGGAGAAGAAUGCACUGAUGAUUUACUCCAGGCUGAAGCAGAUAUGUAGAGAACAUGGGCACACAUACGUUGAAGAAGCCCCCUUCACUUUGGAAUUGUCAGACCACGUGUCUACCUUGGAAGCUUGGCAUUCUCUGAAGUUCCUGAAGGACAUUGGUGUGGUGACGUAUGAGAAGGAUUGCAUCUUUCUUUCUGACCUUUACCAGGCGGAAAGAGGCAUUGCCUCUUCCAUAUGUGCUCUGAUGAACAAGCCCCCAUGGCAUAUAAACGUGGAUGUCAAAAAGGUGCUGUCAUCCAUUGGCACCGCAAAGCCCAAGCAGUCCACCAUUAAUGGCGUGUGGGAGGAAGCAGGAUUAGAAGAUGCUGUGGAUGUCCUGGACCUACAGGAAGGGGAUGGCGGUGUUUGGAAUGACGGUGGAGGUGAAGCUGGUGAAGUGAAUGCAGGAACAAGUGAUGCCCAGCUCGAUCAGGAUCAGGUGGCUGCUUUGGAAAUGAUUUGUUCCAAUGCUGUGACGGUCAUUAGUGGGAAAGGUGGCUGUGGGAAGACCACGAUCGUCAGCCAUCUUUUUAAACACGUAGAGCAGUUGGAAGCCAGUGAGGUGGAAAAAGCUUGUGAAGAUUUUGAGCAAGACCAGAAUGUCCCAGAAGAAUGGCUUACUUUCACUGAGCAAAGCCACCUGAAAGUCGACAAGGCCGUAGAAGUUUUGCUUACGGCACCUACAGGGAAAGCAGCGGGCUUGCUGAGACAGAAAACUGGUCUUCCUGCUUACACGCUCUGCCAGGUCAAUUACAGCUUCUAUUUAUGGGACAAAAACCCGACGAACAAGAACUUGCCAUGGAAAUUUUCUUCUGUUAGAGUUCUGGUUGUGGACGAAGGCAGUUUGGUAUCUGUAGGAAUCUUCAAAUCGGUUUUAAAGUUACUGUGUGAGCGCUCCAGACUUUCUAAGCUUAUUAUCCUUGGUGAUAUUAGACAGUUACCCAGCAUUGAACCUGGUAACAUGCUGCAAGAUCUUUUUGAGACGUUUAAGUCAAGACAGUGUGCUAUUGAACUGAAGACAAACCAUAGGGCAGAAUCUCAGCUAAUUAUGGACAACGCUACAAGAAUCUCUGAACGCCACUUUCCAAAAUUUGAUGCAGAACUGAGUAUCUCUGAAAAUCCGUCAUUACCCAUCUCACUUCAAGAUAAGACAUUUAUUUUUGUUAGACUUCCUGAAGAGGAUGCCAGUUCCCUGUCAUCUCAAAGUGACCACCAGUCCCGUUUAUAUUCUGCAGUUAAAAUGUUAUUGCAAGAGGAGGACUUCAAAAGUGCAGAAAAAUCACAAUUUAUUGCAUUUAGAAGGCAAGACUGUGACCUAAUCAAUGAUUGCUGCUGUAAGCAUUACACAGGCCACCUCCCCAAGGACCAUCAGAGGAGACUCAUAUUUAGAAUUGGUGAUAAAAUUUGUUGUACCAGAAAUGCAUACCUCUCCGACUUACUCCCUGAAAGUACAGCUGGACGUCAUCAAGGCAAUGACCCAGAGGCCAGUGAUGAAGGCUUUCGCUCUACUCCUCGUGACCUGGCUAAAAAUAAGCAUGACUUUGAAAGUGGCAUGCGACUCUGCAAUGGAGAACUAUUUUUCAUAACCAAUGAUGUAACUGAUGUAACUUUUGAGAAAAGAAGAUAUUUGACCAUUGACAAUAAGGCUGGCUUGGAAGUAACUGUAGAUUUUGGGAAACUCAUGAAAUUCUGUAACAUAAAACACGCAUGGGCAAAAACUAUUCAUACUUUCCAGGGCUCGGAGGAGGACGCGGUCGCGUACGUGGUGGGAAAGGCGGGCCGCCAGCACUGGCAGCACGUCUACACCGCCGUCACGCGGGGCCGCCGCAGAGUGUACGUCAUUGCCGAAGCGUCCCAGCUCCAGAGGGCCGUCUGCAAACGCAGUGUUCCCAGGAAAACACGGUUGAAACACUUCGUGCAGAAUAAGCUUUCCACCAGCCGGGCACCUCCAGCAGACGGUCCCUCCCAGUCAGCAAGCUCCGGGGACCGUGGAGGACCCAGCACGCCGCCUUCGUCACCGUCCCUCGGCGGAGUCCCGGCUAACACCGCCGCCAGCCACAUCGCCACGAGGGGGGCGGCUGCGGCCACGGACGAGUUCGCCUUGGGUGCGGGAUGGCGGUUUCCCUCGCUGGACGCCUGGGAUACAGAUGAGGAUUUAGCCCAGUCCCGAGGCUACAAAAGAACUGGUGGUGGAACCCCACCCGUCGAUGAAAGCCCAAACAAAUUCCGUCUGGUGCAAGAUUCAUCUCCACAAGUAUCUUCCAGAUUUCAGAAUUUAAGACUAAAUAAUUUACUCCCCAGGCAACUUUUUAAACCCACAGACAAUCAAGAAACUCCAUGAAAAGUCAGGUGUGGUGACAUCCUACUGGUAAUUGCAGCACUCAGGAUGCUGAGGCAGGAGAAUCACAAGUUCUAAGUCAGCCUGGGCAACAUUUCAAGACCCUUUCUCAAAAAAUGCAAAACAAAACAUAGAUAGAAAGAAGCUUAAUUUACUUCAAACUAUCCAAAAGAUUUUUUUUUUGCUUUUCAAGACAAAAUGAACAUUUUAGCUUUGAAGUUUUAAGCUAAAAGAAGACAGCCAUCACUGGAGUUUCGGGUUUGGACAUUUAUGUGAGCAGUUCUAAAUUCAUUUAAAGAAAACCUCAAUGAUUUUGGCAUCUGUCAUCAUGAGAAAUGGUUGCCGUGGUCAUAACUUGGGGGAAAAAGAUACUGUGUGUUGAAAAACUGUAGAGGUUUUAGUUUUUUAGGAGGAUCAUUGUUGCUUAUCUUUGCCAGUGGAUUGAAGUAAUAGCAAAGAUAGGCUAAUUGCAUCGUUUUGUGUAUGUCUGUUGCAGAGGACUCCUAUGCAAGCUGUCCCACAUUCCAUCACAGCUCCUGGGGCCCAGCACACCUGGGACUUUUCUUAGAAAUACCUUCUAAGUUCAGAGUACCUUAUUUUGAAUAUAUUCCAUUUUAGACAAACUUCUCUUAAAGCAGUUUGAUUUUAAAAUAUUUAUUGCUAGAUGGUGCUGUGAAUUGUAUGUGUCCUCUCAAACUCAUGUGUUAGAAACCCAAUUCUCAUUCCAAAAGUGUUGUGAGGUGGGGCCUAAUGAGAAGUGUUGUCAUGAUGUGGGGAUGGGGUCCUGAUAAAGGCUUCCUAUUGCUGUUUUGAGUCCUGAACAGCUGGGAACCCAAAAAAUUUACGUGACUCAUUGUAUUAUUAUAAUCUGUGUUCCUGUGGCCUGGGACUGAACUUGCAAUCAAAAUCUCUGUAAUAUGCUGGUAUAGGACUUCCUACCUUCCAGAACCAUGAGAAAUAAAUUUAUUAUUUUUUUUACUAAAUUA